AUGGUCCACAGUAGCCGUCGCCGUAAUUUCAACAACAAGAAGAAGGGACACGAGCCGAGAGAGAACAAAUGGAGAGACGAUCGAGAUGCUCCGGGCAAUCAGGGAUAUCGGGAGGUGCUGAAGGAGAACGAGAAAUACUGGGAGUACUAUAAACAGCAGAAUGUGUUCCCGUUGGAGCAAUUCGACGAAUUCAAGGCGGCACUUCAGAGAGACUUGCCGGUUUCGUUUCGGUUCCAGGGGUGUCAUAAAGAUCGCGAACAACUGAUCCAUGAGAUGGAAAAUCGAUUCUUCGGGAAAAUCGUGGAAGCCGAAGACACCGCUGUCUGCGUCCCAAAAAGCCUUCCAUGGUACAAAGAGGCCUAUCAAACUCCGAUGUCUCGAACCGCCGUCCGCAGUCACCCGAUUCUCGCCCAACUUCAUAAUUUCCUUGUCACCGAGGCGGAACUCGGAAAUCUCUCUCGCCAGGAAGCCGUCUCCAUGAUCCCACCACUUCUGUUGGCUCCAACUUCCGAGCACUACGUCCUGGACCUGUGUGCUGCUCCUGGAAGCAAGACCACUCAACUUCUGGAAAUGAUUCAUGAGAAUGAUGAGAAUCCAAAAGGAAUGGUCAUUGCGAAUGAUGUGGAUAUGAAGAGAUGCUAUAUGCUCAUCCAUCAUACUCUUAAGAGAUUCAGAACUGCCGCUUGUGCUGUCACUUGUGAAGACGCUGCUCGCUUCCCACAAAUCGCUGAUAGCGAUGGAGGACUCAUACAGUUCGAUAGGGUGCUUGCCGACGUCAUCUGCUCCGGAGACGGAACCCUUCGGAAGAAUCCCGAAAUCUGGAAGAAGUGGACACCACAAGAUGGUCUUGGUCUCCAUAGAAUGCAAAUCGCAAUCGCUAGAAAAGGAGCUCAACAGUUGAAAGUUGGAGGAAGAAUGGUUUACUCGACGUGCUCGAUGAAUCCGAUUGAAGAUGAGGCUGUCGUCGCACAGCUUCUCAGAGACUCCAAAGGGUCGUUGAAACUUGUGGAUACGUCGAAGAUGCUCCCAGAGCUCAAGAGAGAAAAUGGAGUCAAUCAAUGGAAGGUUUUCGAUAGGGACAUGAAAUUGUACAACUCGUUGGAGGAUGUCAGUGAGGAGAAGAUGAAGAAGGUCAUCGUUCCAUCGUUGUUCCCACCUACCGAAGAAGAAGCCAAGGAGAUGAAUCUUCACUAUUCAUCAUUCUUUGAGCAACCCUGGGCUCUAUUCAGUGAUGUUUCAUACUUUUUUUAA